GCUGGCGACACGGCCGAAACAUGUUCGUCGCGACAUCGCCAGCUUGUUAUUACCUCUGAGAUGUUUAUUACACGUUGAGCUUUACCGUUGCUUUAUACCGAGAUGUAGUCUAUAGGAAUUGCCGUAAAGGCAGCAUCCGUCGUUCCGUGAACAGCUAAAAGAAAGGCCUCACCAUUGCGAACAUAGUCCCUGUUAUGAUGUUGGGGCGGAAGCAGAGCCUCAAGGGGGAACCCGUCCUGGCCGAUUACGGUCCGGAGGAGUCCCUCAAUGAGAGCGCUGAUAUAGAGUGGGUCAACAAGUUAUGGGUGAGGAGGUUGAUGCGAUGUUGUGCCCUAGUCUCGUUGGCUUCCGUUUGCUUGAACACCCCAAAAACUUUUGAGAGAGUACCGUUCUUCCGAUAUGUUACUUUCAUUUGCGAUCUGGUAGUCACAUUUUUAUUCACCGCCGAGAUGAUCGCCAAAAUGUAUAUACGAGGAAUAUUACAGAGGGAGAAGUCUUACUUAAAGGACCAUUGGUGUAAAUUCGAUGCGUUUAUGGUGAUCGUUCUCUGGCUGUCUGUGGUUCUGCAAAUGUUCGAGAUGUUGGGUUUUCUCAUAAAGUUCAGUUACGCUUCGAUCAUACGGGCGCCACGACCGCUGAUUAUGAUACGCUUUCUUCGAGUCUUCCUCAAAUUUUCGAUGCCAAAAGCCAGAAUUAACCAAAUUUUCAAACGCUCGAGCCAGCAGAUCUACAACGUAACGCUUUUUUUCCUGUUCUUUAUGUCGCUCUACGGUCUUUUGGGUGUACAAUUCUUCGGCGAGCUGAAAAAUCACUGCGUGUUGAACGUGACAGAACCCAAUUAUGUCACGAUCAACAGCUUGGCUAUUCCCGACACGUUCUGUUCCACCGAUUUGGAGUCCGGUUAUCAGUGUCCCGAGAGAAUGAUCUGCAUGAAGCUGGAGUUGUCCAAGUAUAUCAUAGGCUUCAAUGGAUUUGACGAAUUUGCCACAAGCAUCUUCACCGUGUACCAAGCGGCCUCUCAGGAAGGAUGGGUCGUCAUCAUGUAUCGCGCGAUCGACAGUCUGCCGGCGUGGCGUCCAAUUUUGUACUUCAGCACGAUGAUAUUCUUCCUGGCUUGGUUAGUGAAGAAUGUUUUCAUUGCCGUUAUCACGGAGACUUUCAACGAAAUCCGAGUGCAGUUCCAGCAAAUGUGGGGUGUCAGGGGCCACAUUAGUAACAGCUCAGCGUCGCAGAUAUUGACCGGCGACGACAACGCUUGGAAAUUAGUGCCGUUAGACGAGAAUAAGCACGGAGGUCUAGCUUCUCCGAUCUGUAACAAUGUCCUCAGGUCGCCAGCCUUUCGCACGGUGGUGAUGUGCGUGAUUCUGGCAAACGGUAUCACUACCGCGACCAUGAUCUUCAAACACGACGAGAAACCGAGGAACACAUAUUACAACAAUUAUUACUGGGCCGAGAUCUUCUUCACGAUAUUGUUGGACCUAGAGACGCUCUUCAAGAUAUGGUGCCUGGGCUUCCGGAGUUACUUUAAGCAUUCGAUUCAUAAAUUCGAACUGCUGCUUGCCAUUGGCACAACUGUGCACAUUAUUCCAUUCUUCUAUCUCUCUGGAUUCACUUUCUUUCAGGUUCUCAGGAUAGUGCGGCUUCUUAAAGCGUCGCCGAUGUUAGAAGACUUCGUUUACAAAAUUUUCGCGCCCGGCAAGAAGCUCGGCAGCCUCAUCAUUUUUACCAUGUGCCUGCUGGUAAUAUCCUCCAGCAUAUCCAUGCAACUCUUCUGCUUUCUCUGUGACUUCACUAAAUUCGAAACCUUUCCCGAAGCGUUCAUGUCGAUGUUUCAAAUCCUCACGCAAGAAGCUUGGGUCGACGUCAUGGACGAGACUAUGUUGCGAACUCACGAGACGGUAGCGCCUCUGGUCGCAGUUUAUUUUAUUUUGUAUCAUCUCUUUGUCACAUUGAUUGUGUUGAGUCUUUUCGUCGCGGUGAUUCUUGACAAUCUCGAGCUGGACGAAGACAUCAAAAAGUUGAAACAGUUAAAAUUUCGCGAACAAAGUGCCGAGAUAAAAGAGAGUCUACCGUUCAGACUGAGGAUCUUCGAGAAGUUUCCGGACAGUCCCCAAAUGACGUGUCUUCACAAAGUGCCGUCGGAUUUCAAUCUACCAAAGGUGCGCGAAAGCUUUAUGCGACAAUUCGUGCUCGAAGUGGAGGAUGAAGAAAAUGAAGGUGUUAAAAGAACUUACGAGACUUUCGAUUCAAAAAUAGUGUACAGAAAACAACGUCCGGUUAAAAUCUUGAAUAAUCCGCCAAAAGUGAGGAGCGUCGUUACUAAUCUGAAGAAAGCGGCUGUUAUUUACAUCAUCAACGAUUCGAACAACCAGAGGCUUCUCUUGGGAGACUCCGCUAUGAUCCCGGUGCCGGGAAAAGGACUCUUAAAGCCACAGACUACUGUCAACAGCACCAAGCAGCUUCGUAUCGAUCCGAAAAAAUCGAUCAGAAGGAGCGUGCGAAGUGGAUCGAUCAAACUCAAGCAGACGUACGAGCAUCUUAUGGAGAACGGCGACAUAGGCGGGAUAAACAGAGUCAGUUCGGCGCGCAGCAGGCCGCACGAUUUAGAUAUCAAAUUGCUGCAAGCUAAGAGACAACAGGCGGAAAUGCGAAGAAAUCAACGCGAGGACGAUUUGCGGGAGAACCAUCCGUUCUUCGACACGCCGUUGUUCGCGGUACCCCGCGAGAGUAAAUUCCGAAAAUAUUGUCAGCUGUUCGUCUACGCGAGAUACGACGCGAGACUGAAGGAUCCUUUAACGGGCAAGGAAAGGAAAGUGCAAUACAAGAGUCUGCACAAUUUUCUCGGUUUAGUCACUUACCUCGACUGGGUGAUGAUAUUCAUCACGACACUGUCGUGCAUCUCGAUGAUGUUCGAGACCCCACGAUACCGCGUGAUGGAAACACCGGCACUGCAAAUCACCGAAUACGGUUUUGUUAUCUGCAUGAGCAUCGAAUUAGCGCUCAAAAUCCUGGCGGAUGGUCUGUUCUUCACGCCGAAAGCCUACAUCAAAGACGUCGCUUCCGUACUGGACGUCUUUAUCUACAUCGUAAGUCUUGUGUUCUUGUGCUGGAUGCCGAAGAGAGUACCGCCAAAUUCUGGGGCGCAGCUGCUGAUGAUAUUGCGAUGCGUUCGACCAUUGAGGAUCUUUACUCUUGUGCCGCAUAUGAGAAAGGUCGUUUACGAACUUUGCAGAGGCUUCAAAGAAAUCUUGUUGGUAUCAAUAUUGCUGAUAUUGUUGAUGUUUGUGUUUGCGAAUUACGGUAUGCAAUUGUACGGUGGUCGGUUAGCAAGGUGCAACGACCCCACGAUUACAAAGCGCGAAUACUGCGUCGGUGUGUUCAUGAGAAGAGUGUUCGUGACGAAAAUGAAGCUGCGUCCGGGAACAAACGAGAGUUAUCCGUCCAUAUUGGUACCGCGUGUUUGGGCUAAUCCCAAAAGGUUUAACUUCGAUAAUAUUGGCGACGCGAUGAUGGCUCUUUUUGAAGUGCUUUCUUUUAAGGGCUGGCUUGAUAUACGGGACGUUCUUAUUAAAGCUCUUGGUCCUCUUCACGCAAUUUACAUACAUAUUUAUAUUUUCCUCGGUUGCAUGAUCGGCUUAACAUUGUUCGUGGGUGUCGUGAUUGCGAAUUAUUCUGAGAACAAAGGCACCGCUCUGCUCACGGUCGAUCAAAGACGAUGGUGUGACUUGAAAAAACGUCUGAAGAUCGCCCAGCCGUUGCAUUUACCACCCAGACCGGACGGCAAGAAGUUCCGGGCUUUCACUUACGACAUCACGCAAAAUAUUUAUUUCAAACGAUUCAUUGCCUUAAUGGUGCUUACAGACAGUUCUCUGCUGUGCGUCUCUUGGAGAAUCGAGGAGAAACAUACGACAACACUGGCCACAAUUUCCAUAGUUUUGACAUUGGUCUUCCUUGUGGAAGUAAUCAUGAAAAACAUCGCUUUUACACCACGCGGCUAUUGGCAGUCCAGAAGAAACAGAUACGACUUGCUCGUAACAGUCGUGGGCGUUAUCUGGAUCUUCAUAUACUGCACGAUGAAGAACGAUCUGUCCUACGUGAUCGGAUUUAUGGUUGUGAUCCUCAGGUUCUUCACCAUCACUGGCAAACACACCACCCUCAAGAUGCUAAUGUUGACGGUCGGUGUGUCCGUCUGCAAAAGCUUCUUCAUCAUAUUCGGCAUGUUUCUCCUUGUCUUCUUUUACGCGUUAGCCGGCACCAUAAUCUUCGGCACUGUCAAGUAUGGAGAAGGCAUAGGAAGGCGUGCGAACUUCGAGUCGCCAGUUACCGGCAUAGCGAUGCUUUUUCGCAUAGUAACGGGAGAGGAUUGGAACAAAAUAAUGCACGAUUGCAUGGUACAACCACCGUAUUGCACACCGGCGAACAAUUACUGGGAAACGGACUGCGGCAAUUUUCACGCCGCUCUAAUUUAUUUUUGUACCUUCUACGUCAUCAUCACGUAUAUCGUCUUAAAUCUUUUAGUCGCUAUUAUCAUGGAGAACUUCUCCUUAUUUUAUUCAAAUGAAGAGGACGCGUUAUUAUCGUACGCUGACAUAAGGAAUUUUCAGAACACGUGGAACGUCGUUGAUAACCAUCAGAAAGGUGUCAUACCAGUGAAACGGGUAAAGUUUAUAUUGCGGUUGUUGAAAGGCAGAUUAGCGAUCGAUCUGCAAAAGGAUCGCCUGCUCUUCAAGUACAUGUGUUACGAGCUGGAACGACUGCACAAUGGCGAAGACGUCACUUUUCACGAUGUUAUCAAUAUGCUAUCGUACCGUUCGGUGGAAAUAAGAAAAGCGCUACAACUUGAGGAACUGCUUGCGCGGCAGGAGUUCGAGUACAUAAUCGAAGAGGAAGUGGCAAAACAAACUAUCAGAACUUGGUUGCAAGGCUGUUUAAAAAAGAUACGAGCGAAGCAGCAAAACAGUCUUAUAGCCGGGCUUCGCGCUACGAACAACGCAUCCGCGGCGCCUCAGGAUCAGGAGAAGAGCAAGGAGGAGAAAAGCAAAGAAGUCAGCGUUGACCGUGAAGAAGAGAUCGAGACGAAAGAUGUUGAAGUCAUAAAACAUAGAGCCAAGAAGCCGGUAGUGCUUCCUAGAUCGGACAGUAUAGGAAGUGCUUCGGGAAGAAAGUAUCUGGCCCCGACGUUGUCCGAUCCCGCAUCUGUUCGAUCCGAGAAGGACAAGAUCGCGGUGGCGAAGAAGAGAAACAACAGACCGCCAACGAUGGUGAAAAAUAAUUUGUCCCAUCUGACGGAAAAUAUCGAACAAAUUAAACAGCAGAGGGAGGUGAUAAACAAUAAAACGACCGCGCCUAAAGUUUCCAGCGUUAUGCUGGAGGUACGUGAAUGGUGGAAGGAACAGUUAGCUUACAGCAGCGAAUCCAGCGAGGACGAAGUAUGAACUUUGUUGUGAGAAAAAAGAAAAAAAUCCCGUGUGAAACGAAAUUAUACGGAGAGCUAAACGAUUCUUAAUAAUCGCAGCGGGAUUGUGAAGUGAGGAUUCCUACUUUUUAGCAUCAGAGUAAGAAACGAAUUUUCUUAGCCUAAGGAACUUUGCGCCCCCUAUAGUAGGGAGAGAGUUUUCGAAGAAGAGAGAGAGUGGUAUGUGCCUCAUAAUUUUAAUUGCUCGCCUGAGCUCGUGAAACUUCAACGUGUUGAGCUUCGCCGCCAUAUAUUAUAUAAUUCGUCAUUUUUAUCUCGCCGAGAGCUACGUUGAUAUUUUGCUACGCCGAAAUUGAUUGAGAAUGCGUGAUACACGCACUUGUGCGCAUCCGCGCACAGUGUGCGCAGAACGCGAGCUGAACACACCAACGUUUCAAUUUUUUUUUCGUUUAGAAACAAAAAAAAAACAAAAAAAAAACCCAACACACACACACACGUUAUUCGCGAAGCUCAUCGCGUUUGAAGAAUCGAUUUUCUAUCGAAAAAGAAAGAAUUAUAAAAUCAUCGAAAUCAUCGAAACAAAACACAAAAAACACUCACGACAUUUCGUAUAUAUCAUAUCGGAACGUCACUGCCGUCGACUAGUCAUUAGAAAAACUCGCCCGUACGAAC